GAGUCAUCAUCCUCUUCAGGCUCAGCUCGCCGCCUCCUCUGUAUGUGUCCCAUGAGAGAGAGAGGCCAGUAAGUCCUGAAAUAGAGCACACUGACUGGUGUGUAGGCACAGAGGCGAAACGAAAAGGUGGAGAGAAAGGAGAAGAGUGACGAGGGAAAAGCUGUGUGUGUGAAAGGAGAGAAGGAGUGAGAAAAAGAAAAGGAAGGCUGGGGGAGGCCUAGAGGAGGCGUGCUCACAUUGAGAGAGAAAAAGCUGGUGGUGGUUCUUAUACACGCACACACACACACACACGCUAGUCUCCGGAGUUUCUCUUUGUGUGCCCUCCUUUGUGGAAUCCAAGCACUCUAAAUUCCAGUGAACCUUCUGCGAGGACUUCAGUUAUUUCUUAUCACAAAGUUUGCAGCUUUAUUUUUGGACAUGGGCAGAGGAAAAGAGCUUCUGCUUUUUCUUGGUUUAAUGUGCACACUGAAGAGAUGCACGCCUUUGUGUGACAGUGGCUUGAACAUGGAAGGAAGCAAUUGUGUUGAUGUGGAUGAAUGUCAAGAAACUCCUGGACUAUGUGGCAAGCACACACUGUGCUUCAAUACAUAUGGCACCUAUUACUGUCAAUGCCAGUCUGGCUUCACCAACAUUAACGGAAACAUUAAUUUCACUGGCAUUGAUGGACAGUGUCAAGACAAAAACGAGUGUGGCCACGACAUAGAAAUUUGUGGUCGCAUGGCUGAUUGUACCAACCUGAUUGGGAGCUUCAGGUGUACCUGCAAAUUUGGGUACACCAAGACCAAAAGAACUCCAGAAUGCAGAGACAUUGAUGAAUGCGAGGCAGCUGAGAAUCGGAAAGAAGACAUCUGUGGAAGUAAAGGAAGUUGUACAAAUUUAAAUGGAAGUUACUGGUGCAAGUGUGCAAAAGGAUACACUAAUUAUGGCAAUCAAAGGACUCCUUGCUCUCAACUGGAUUGCGAAACCUUUGAUGCCAGAAGUGUACCAUUACAGUAUAACAGCGGCUUGGCAGAUCUGUUGUCCAUGAUGAGAAACAGCUGCAUGGCUCUGUCUAACUCAAAUAGCAGCAAUGAAGGCAAGGCUGAUGGAGAUGCGCUACUGGAGAGACUUCUGACCUCAUCGGAGACCGUCUUAUCAUCAGUCUAUAUGGACGCAAAUGAAGACAUGUAUGAGCUGCUCAACACAAUGGAAAACUCCAUCAGGCUCAUCGCCCCACAGCUCAGAGACAACCGCACCUCAAUGGGGUCCAAUGAGACAGCUGUGGAGAUUGCAGUGCACAGGGGAAUGACUCUGCCCACUGGACCGGUUCAUCUGGCAACUGAAAACUCAACGCUGGAGACUGACUGGAAAACGGCAGCCGGAACAGGAGCAUAUCCUGGCUUUGCUAUGGCUGCCUUGUUGAGUUACCAUAACCUGGAAAGAUCUGUUAACCGCUCCUUUGACAAGCUCCAAGGAUUUGAAAAAGAUGGCAUUGAACCAACUUUCAAAAUCUUCUCCCGGCUUGUGUCUGUUGUGGUGUCUAACCCAUCCACUCAGAACCUGAGCCACCCAGUCAUCCUCACACUCAGACAUCUCCAGAACAAAUCGGAGGCAAGAUACAUCUGUGCAUACUGGAACGACAGAGGUGCCUGGGCCACAGAUGGUUGCCAUCAACAGAAAUCCAAUGCCACGCACACAGUGUGUCGAUGUGAACAUCUCAGCAGUUUCGCCGUGCUGAUGGCUCACUAUCCUGUAGAUCAAUCCUUUGCAAUCCUGUUGAUAACAAAGAUCGGACUGAUCCUCUCCCUGCUGUGUCUGAGUGUUUGCAUCCUGACGUUCAAGUUCUGUCGCUCCAUACACGGGACACGAACAACCAUCCACCUGCACCUCUGUAUCUGCCUCUUCAUUGCUGACCUCAUCUUCCUGGCCGGCAUUUCCCAAACAACACCUGAGGGCGGCUGCAGGUUUAUUGCUGCCAUGCUCCAUCUUUUCUUCAUGGGCGUAUUUGCAUGGAUGCUGCUUGAGGGGGUGCAGCUUUAUCGUAUGGUUGUCCUGGUUUUCAACGCCACCAUUCGGCCCCUCUACUUAUUCCUAUUCGGUUACGGGACACCCUUGGUUGUUGUCGUUCUAUCUGCCAUCAUCAGACCCAAAGGAUAUGGAACUGAGGAGCACUGUUGGCUGUCCCUCAAAGACGGCCUCAUCUGGAGCUUCUACGGCCCUGUGUGCGUCAUCAUCUUCCUCAACGUCUUCUUCUUCAUCGUCACCGUCUGGAAGUUGGCCCAGAAGUUCAGCAGCCUCAACCCGGACCUGUCCAAGCUCAACAAAUUAAAAGCUUUCACAGUGACAGCCAUUGCCCAGGUGUGCAUUCUGGGACUUAUGUGGGUGUUUGGAGCCUUCCUAUUUCGCAAGGGCAACGUGGUGGUGGAAUACAUAUUCACCAUCUUAAACAGCCUGCAGGGAGCACUGGUCUUCAUCAUGCACUGCCUCUUAUCCAAACAGGUUAGAGAGGAGUACUACAACUUUUUCUCCUGCGUCUGCGCGCCAAAGAAAAGAUACUCGGACUUCAGCAGUACAAAUCCAUCCAAUAGUCAGUCACAAGGUUCUCGGAGUGGGCAAAACACUGGAGAAUCCCACAUAUGAAUCGCUCUCAUUUUGUAGUCCUCCCAACGAAAGACAUGUAGCGAAUAUUAGAUUUUAAAACCUCAAAAUUAACCUUUGAGCCAAGGCAUCCAGAUGAUGUUUUCAGGUGCUUACGACAAAGCUAGUGUUUCAAAUUACUAGAAAAGAUGAAAUGUCAUUCCUUCCACAGAGAUAUGUUAUGUCAUACUGUUUUUUUGAACGAUAAUGCUUUUAAAUAUUUAACUAUGGCCACAACAGCAAUGGAGUAGCCUGCGGUAAAUAGUAACUAUGAAAAACAAAUCUAAAAGUGAAGAUAUUUGAUAUAUUUCUUCUUGCUUCCAUCUUGAGCAUAUCUUUAUUCUUAUAUAUUCCCUGUAUUCCCUUUGAGCAGUUUGGGAUUAUUUUAUGUGAAGAACAGACAUGGAGUUUUGGAUGUAUUUUCCAGGUAAAAUGUUUAAAGUUAAUUGGUCAUUUAGAGAGAAUAGCUUCCAUGUGCUAUAUUUCACCAAAUGGGAUUUGUUUUAUGGGAGAGAAAACAAAUGACUAAUAUUGAACAUAACUCAUGAACUGCUUUGAGCCAUGUUCAUGCAAACCCCAUGCGGGCCUUCAGCUUAAUGCAACACUUAAUACAGAACCAAACAAGAGCGUAAAGAUACAAUUAUCAAACUCAAUAUGUAUUUGAAUUACUUAUGGCAAUGGUGAACACUAUUUUGGUUGGUUUGCAUUUGCCUUUAGACACUGGUUGAUGGGACAUUUUUCCAAAGGGAUUUCUUAAGAGCUAUAGAACUCCGACCCACCCAUAUGAUGACUGUGCAGCUUCCUGUUGUUGUGGGAUUAAAUUCCACAUUGUUAUGUCA